CCCAAAGGCUGGAAUAUUAAUGCCUUCGGGAAUCAGGGUGAGGAAAUGUAUCGCCCAAGCAAUAUAAUGAUGAGAUCAAAGAUACUGAAUAAUUCCCCUUAUGCAAACAGCGCUCGGGCUGACUCUGACGAUGACGCAGCCAGUCCUUCUAAAGAGGGAAAGAAUAGACCACGAACUGGCUACGAAUGGCGCAACGGGGCCUUUAUUUGUUUUGCCGUGACUAUUGCGAUCCUUCUUUUGAAUCUCGUCCUUACUGUUAUUGCUGCUUCUCGGGCCCGAGGACCAUCGCACUCAUUCCUAGGUGAAUCGAUCUUCGAAGGAGACUGUGCAAAGGUGAAACACUGGUCGACAGGGUUCCAUUUGCUGAUCAAUGUGCUGGGUACCAUAUUACUAGGCGCUAGUAGCUACUGCAUGCAAUGUUUGAGCGCGCCGUCUAGAGAUGAUGUCAAUCAACUACAUGCCCGCGGAAAAUGGGUAGAUAUCGGGACCCCAAGUGUUACGAAUUUGAGGUUUAUGCGGUCUGCGCAAAUCGUCUGGUGGUGCUUGCUGCUCCUGAGCUCGGUUCCUUUCCAUGUCUUUUACAAUUCUGCUAUCUUCUCUGCGCUGUCCUCGAAUUCUUAUGGUGUUGCGGUGGUAUCAUCAAAUGUUUCUAUUGAACCCACUUCCGCUGCCGCCGCGUAUUGCUAUGAUGGCCUGAUGGGAACAGAUGUGGCCCAAGUCCAGGCCAUGUACGAGGGCAACAAAUUAGAAGUCUUGGACAAAGAAGACUGCGUGAAGGCUUACGCAGUACCAUUUCUCUCAAACCGAAGAACAGUUUUACUUGUGACCAAUAACGGUACAAUAAGGUCUCCGGGUAUGUGGGCGGGAGCUGGGAACGCACCGGCGUCACUAGAGGAAAACCAAUCCCGGUUCAAUUGGAUGUGUAAUGGACCCAAUGCUCAACUUUUCGGCGACGUUGGCUCCGGCCAAUGUUUUCGACCUGCUCUACUAGAGCAUGUCGAUAUCUGGGCAGUGUAUGCGCAGCCCUUCGUGGGAGAUGAUAUUGUUGUGAUGGCUUUAGACGGCUCAUUCGCCUUUACCAGACAGAACUAUUCUAGUCUAGCGUAUUCACCAUUGCCACCUUCCCUCCGCUCAGAUAUAGAUAUUCUGGGGGUGUCCCUCCGGGGAAUGCAGGGCUACAGCACCGUCGACCUCACGUGGGAUCUGUUACGCAACGGGAAAUGGGAGACACCAUCACUUGCUUCCAUGGUAACGGUGUACGAAUCGAACUCAACGUGUCCUGGCGAUGCGGGAAUGCUGUUGUCGCAGCAGUAUUAUUCCAUCGACUACUGUCUGAGUGAGAAGGUGGAGGAGCACUGUAGGCUCAUGUACAGUCCACUUAUAUGUGUGAUUAUCAUCGCGUGCAACGCUACUAAGGCUGUCUGCAUGCUGUUCACACUCCGACUACGACGUGAAGAUCUACUAUUCACCAUUGGCGAUGCCAUCGCCUCAUUCCUGAAACACCCAGAUACAACAACACUAGGUCGGUCAUUUAUGGAUCGAAGAAGCGCGAAGCGAUACUUCUCCAAGCCAACUGCUGUGAAGUCCGAGCCUCUUCCUUCUCGCAGACGCUGGUUCUAUGCAGCCAGUGGUCGUCGCUGGGCUGUGUGUAUGACCUGCUAUACCGUAUCUCUUUUCGCCGCAGCAGAAAUAACAUACGUCUCCUACCAGGGCGUGACGGAUUACCUUCCCGACUCCAGAAUCUCUACAAUGUGGAGUCUUGGCUUCAACACAGUACGACCCGAGGCCAUGCUCCGAUAUCUCAACACCUAUAAUACCCUAGCCAUGGUGCUGCUUGCCAACACCCCACAGAUAGUUCUCUCUACACUCUACUACCUAACUAACAGCCUUCUCACCAGCAUGGUCAUGGCAGCCGAGUACAACAGCUACUCGGUGCGACGCAAACAUCUCCGAGUUACCUGGCCUGAGGGAGACCAACGCUCCACCUAUUUCCUUAGUUUACCAUACUCCUUUAGUAUCCCUACAAUCGUAGUCUCGGCUGUAUUGCAUUGGCUUCUAUCCAUGAGCAUCUCCUACGUUGCGAUCUACCAGUACGACAUGAGGGGCGCCGUCGACAAAAGUAAAACAAUCUCCACAUGCGUUCUUUCGCCAAUUGCCAUGAUAUUUACCCUCUCGCUGGCUGGUCUGGUUCUUGUCACUUUGAUGGGGCUAGCGUUCAGGAGGUUUCCGACCAAUAUGCCAGUAGCGGGGAGCUGUAGUCUGGCAAUUAGUGCGGCGUGUCAUCCCCCGCUCGACGAUGAAGAUGCUGGGCUAAAGCCCGUAAUGUGGGGGGAGUCUGUGAUAUCUCGUACUCCGGAUGAUGGCCAGGGAGCGAGGAUAACUGGGGAACAGUCAGCAGCGGACAGUCGGUCAAGAGAUGAGGCGGGAGGGGACGACGGCACGGAAUCGGAAGAAACGAGCUUUUUUAUUCACCAUUGCAGCUUCAUGGCCGGGGAAGUGGAGGAGCCGCAUCCUUCGCGGUUGUAUGCUUAAGAUGACAUAUCGCAAGAGUGAAAAGCAGCUGUGAGACCCUGCGGCUCAUUCCGCCGAAGGUGAUAAUAAGCGGAGAAUCUCCUGUUCACCCCCAUUGCUGACUGGUUCACACAUGGGACCAAGCCCUCAUUGUGAUUCGCAAUGUUUCUGCAGCACAAAUUCCCUGAGAGCAGGGGGGCUUACGCAAGCUUCACAACGUCGAGUGACACAGAAGGAUAUCCUUGAUCGAUAGUUGGUACUGUACCACCAGGG